ACAAGAGAAGUUUGGAAUUGAAAUGUAGGGGCAGUGAAAGCAAUUGAAAAGAACAAGUAGGCCGACAGAGAGAGGGGCAAAAAGGGAAAAAAGAAGAGGAAAUGGCGCGGUGAGAAAAUAAAGAGAGGGAGAGGGGUAAAUAUGAAAAGAGAAUGGGCAGAAGACUGAAAGCCAUAAUCGGCAAGAGCCAGAUUGUCUCCUCAGAAGUGGAUCUUCGCACGUUAUCAAUGUUUGCCGACUCUUCAACCGUUAAUUAAUAAAAUAACAUUAGCUUUCUUUUUUUUGUCAUUUAGGUGAAUAGCUUACAAAUAUACCUAGAUGUAUAUUUUAAUAAGUACAAAAUGAAAAAAUUGUGAUGAAUUAAUCCUGAUAUUAAGUUUAUGGUUGGUAUAUGAAUAUUCUAAUUAAUCUUAAAUUAUGUUUUUACCAUCACAAAACCGUUAUCAGUGUAAUACCGAGCUAAUAAACCAUCAUUUUAAAUGAUAUUGCACGUAUAAUCUAUCUCUUCUCUCUCUCUCUCUCUCUUUUUAAGCAUUUGAAUUAGUUAUUUUCCUUCUCUUCUUCCUUUUUUCACUCUUCUCUCUUUUUAAGCUGAUAUGCCUGUCUUUCAUUCAAGUCAUAAUCAAAUCAAAUCUUUGAUGCAAAUAUAGUUCUUUAGCGACCUUUCGGUAAGACAAUCUUCCAAAGAUGCUCGGUGCAUCGGAAUAUUAUUCAUUGGGAAGAGGAUCUACCAUUAAUUACUACACGCCUCAAGCUCUGCAACAAUUGAAAAGAUUUUACUCUGCAAUUAAAAAGGAAUCACCACGAGGUUGAUUUGAUGAUUUUCUUUGAGUUUUGGUGCUAAUCCAUGAAGAAUUUUUACUGGUUUAAGCAAAUCUCAAACAAUGUUAAGUCAGAGAGGAGGCUUUCUCUUGGGGAAUACAAAAGAGCAGUUUCUUGGUCUAAGUAUUUGGUUUCCUCUGGCGGUGAGAUAAAAGGAGAAGGAGAAGAAUGGAGUGCUGACAUGUCACAGUUGCUUAUUGGCAACAAGUUUGCUUCAGGUAGACAUAGUAGGAUUUAUAGAGGGAUAUAUAAGCAAAGGGAUGUGGCAAUUAAAAUUAUCAGCCAGCCUGAGGAGGAUGAGAAUUUAGCUAACUUUCUUGAGAAGCAGUUCAUUUCUGAGGUGGCUUUGCUUUUUCAUUUGAGGCAUCCCAAUAUUAUCACUUUUGUUGCAGCUUGUAAGAAGCCUCCUGUGUUCUGUAUAAUCACCGAGUAUCUUGCAGGUGGCUCAUUAAGAAAGUAUUUGCAUCAGCAGGAGCCAUAUUCAGUCCCACUUAAUUUAGCUCUAAAAUUAGCUCUUGAUAUUGCACGUGGGAUGCAGUACCUUCAUUCACAAGGAAUACUUCACAGGGAUCUCAAAUCAGAAAAUUUACUCCUUGGAGAAGAUAUGUGUGUGAAGGUGGCAGAUUUUGGUAUUUCAUGCUUAGAAUCUCAGUGUGGUAGUGCAAAGGGAUUUACAGGUACUUAUCGGUGGAUGGCACCUGAAAUGAUUAAAGAGAAACAUCAUACAAAGAAAGUAGAUGUUUACAGUUUUGGCAUAGUCCUUUGGGAGCUUUUAACGGCUUUGACACCAUUUGACAACAUGACUCCAGAACAGGCUGCAUUUGCAGUCUGCCAAAAGGAUGCAAGACCACCGCUACCCUCCUCCUGUCCGCUUGCGUUUAGUCAUCUCAUCAACCGAUGCUGGUCAAGCAAUCCCGAGAAGCGACCACAGUUUGAGGAGAUAGUUUCGAUUUUGGAAAGUUAUGCGGAAUCCCUCGAAGAGGAUCUGGAAUUUUUUAAGACUUAUAAACCUUCUUCAGGUCGUACUAUUUUGAGAUGCCUGCCAAAAUGUAUUACUUUGGAUUGAAUUGCUAAGAUGUAUAAUGAUGUGUGAUGCUAAGUGUACCAUAGUGUUUACUUGUCUAGGUAGGUUCAGAUAUUCAACUGAACUCUACCUAUAUAUAUAUAUAUAUAUAUAUAUGCGCUUUUGAUAUAGGUAUUCUUAUUUCCUUCAAAUUUUAUGUACCAAUCUGAAGUUGUACAACCAAACAAAAUAUUGUGUAGUGUGUUUGUUUCACUACAACCGUUUUCGAUUAUUUUGAGGGUAGGGGGUGUUAAUUGCAAGAAUGAAAUUAUUCUAUUUAAAGAUUUUAA